UCCCAGGAAUGCCUGCUUGUGAGAGUACCUCUGUGGAGAGGAGUUUGGAGCAGACAGACAGUCAGCAUUCUCUUGUAAAGCACUAGCACAGUAGGCAGUAUUCUGCACCCCAAAGAGGACAUGGCUUAUUUUUCUACUCUUCCUCAGUGUGUGCGGAGGUAACUUUUUCCAGUCCCAUGUGCCUUUUCAGAGCUAGCUGCUGCCUUGAAUGGCAGGAGGAGGGAUGCCCUGAGAGGGUGGUGCUGGCCUGCACCACCUUUCCACAGCUGGGACACCAGCAGGUGGAGUCCCAACACAGCUUUCCCCGCAGCAGGGCGGUGGGGAACUGAGCGGCAGGCAGGGAGGCCCCUGCAGAGACUUGGGGAGCACCUUCUCCUGGUGCAGGUGAGCCUGACCCUUGGACAACACGGGCUGCAGAGGAUCAAGACCUCAGGGAAGCUUCUCUUGGAUUCCUCGUAGUUUUUGCAUCUCAGAUCUCCAGCAGAGCAGGUAGAUGGAAAGCUUAGAUGAACUGUGCAGGUUUGGCAGCCACUGCCCCAGUGAUCCACCUUGCAAUCCAGGGAGGAUGUCUCGGAAGUGAAGGCAUGAAGGAAUGAGCAGAACAGGGGUGUCCUCCUCCUGCAGCAGCAAUGUCACACCAAGCCUGGCAGCUCUCUGGAAAGUGGUGCCGUUGGUCCAGUCCUUUUAUCCAUCUCCUCACACUGACUGUGGUGACAUUCAGUGUGCUUGCACCUUUGGUUUGUCACCGGCUGCUCCACUCUUACUUUUAUUUGCGGCGCUGGCACCUGAACUCCAUGAGCCAGGAGUUCCUGGAGCAGAACCAGCAGGAGGGCCAGGCUGCCCUGCAUUACUUUGAGAAGCUGCAGAUACCAAAUGCCUCUGACACCGCUGGCAGUGACACCUUCCAGCCCUUGCUGCUGAUCACCAUUAUCACUGUGCAGAGGCAGAAUGAUUUCCACUAUGUCUUGCAAGUGGCCUCCCACUUCCACCGCCUCCUCCAGAAGUGUGGUGCACGUUGCCAGAGCCACCGCGUCCUCCUCUGCAACGUGGAGUCGGACCCGGGUAGCCAUCAGGAUGUCAGGCUGCUGAGCAGCUUCUUUCCUACCAUCAGUCGUGACAAAGCUGGGGAGAACCCUGACCCCAGAGAGAACCAGUUUGAGAAGGAGAAGCAGGACUACGUCUUCUGCCUUGAGCAGUCACUGUUGGUGUACAACCCAGAGUACGUCCUUGUAGUGGAAGAUGAUGCUGUGCCAGAGGAGGAGAUAUUUGCCGUCUUGCAGCACCUCUUGUUGGCCCGCUUCUCCAAACCCUACCUCAGAGACGCGCUCUACUUCAAGCUUUACCACCCCGAGCGGCUUCAACGCUACUUCAACCCCGAACCCAUGAGAAUCCUCGAGUGGUUAGGGCUGGGCAUGUUCCUGGGACCUGUGCUGGCCGGCGCCUACUCCUGGGCAGCGGGGCGCCCCGGCCUCAGCUGGCCCCUGGUCGUCUUCUUUGCUGUGUACAGCAUGGCCCUGUCAGAGCUGGUGGGCCGGCACUACCUGCUGGAGCUGCGCCGACUGGCCCCCACGCUCUACAACGUCGUGCCCGUCACCGAGUGCUGCACGCCGGCCAUGCUCUUCUCUGCUCCCUCUGCCCACCGAGCCUCGGGGUACCUGAGGGGGCUGCGCUGCCGCCAGGGCUUUGCCAAGGAUAUUGCCCUCUACUCGCUGCUGCGUGCCAAGGGGGAGAAGGCCUACGUGGUGGAACCCAACCUGGUCCGGCACGUGGGAAUGUAUUCCAGCCUUCGGCUAAAUGACAACCCAAAGCUGCUGUGAUCUGUCCAUGCCUUUCCAGAUGUGAAGCCCAGAGAAGCUGCUGCUGGGCGGAGAGGGUGCGUGUGAGCUCAGACACAGUGCUGCUCACACUGGGCUUUCUGUGCCUCCAGGUGGACAAAGAAUAACUGAAAAAAUAAACUCGCCUACAAGUAGACACUAUGUGAUAUGCCCUUGGAGCUAAUCAGCAUGCACCGUGUGGGGGGAGAGUGGAGGAUUCAAGCUGCAGGUCAUGGAGCCAGGCUUAUUUCAGUGAUGUCCAGUGAUAGGACAAGGGUCAAUGGAUGCAAACUGGAGCAUAGGAGGUUCCGUGUGAAUAUCAGGAAGAACUUCUUUCCUGUGAGAGUGACAGAGCCCUGGAACAGGCUGCCCAGAGAGGUUGUGGAGUCUCCUUCACUGGAGACAUUCAAAACCCGCCUGGACACGUUCCUGUGUGAUGUGCUCUGGGUGACCUUGCUCUGGCAGGAGAGUUGGACUGGGUGAUCUUUCGAGGUCCCUUCCAACCGCUAAGAUUCUGUGAUUCUGUGAUUCUGUGACUUUCUGCUCUCCUUAAUCUUUCCUAGGGAAAAGCUCUCACACCAAUACAAGCAGCUGCACUGCCUUUACACUGGCUGCAGAAAUCAUCACCCUAGAGCAACAGAAAUGUUGGCCAAAGUGAAUGGUUCACAUUUAAGAGAGUGAGGAGAAACCCCCCUAUUUUCCCAUCCUUGCUAAGGUCUGAUCUCUCGACCUCUGCGUUUCAAAGUUGUGGUUUUGAGCAGACCUUUCAAAAAGCAGCAGUGAUUUACAUAAACUUUCCCACAAAUUCCACCUAGAUUCCUCAGAUUUUACAAAGCCUUUGUUAUUCUCUCCCCCUACUACUUGCUACAUUAGACACUAUAAACAACAAAGGAUAACUACUGUGUUGGUUGGUAUGACCACUAGUUGUAGUGGAUCCAGUUGCUAAAAGAGGCCUUAUCAGUUGCUGGUUGGACUUAGACAUUCAACAACCUUGACUUUAUGUCAGCACAGAGGCAAAGAAAAGAUUAGAUUAGGUGCUGCUGUUGUGCAGGAUCCUCAUUUCAUUUUGGAGCUGUAUUGCACAGCUCAGCCUAAGUGGUUCAUGCACUGCAGCAAGCAAAAUGCCCAUAAGAAACACAGCUAGUUGCUCCUAAAACCAAGCAAGAAUAGCACAACAGAGAAGGGGGCCACUUUAAUACUGACCCAUUAAUUUAAUGUGCUCUGGUUGUUAGGCAUUUGGGAUAAGUACUUGUUACCACACUUGUUUAUUUGUUAAGAAGAGCCCACUUUGACCUUAGCGGGCUUUGCAUAAAAUUCACUUUUAUGUGGAGUUUGGUUGAAGGAUUUUUGAAAACAUAUUCCUAUAUUUGGAAUCAACCAAGUAGACCGUUUUUGUCAAGUUUUGGCCAGUGGGGGUUGGGCUUUGGUGUUUUGGUUUUUUUUUGUGAAGGAAGGGUUCUACUUUGAUUUUUCUCUCCCCCAGUCUCUCCCAGGCAAUUUAUGCCUUAAGCUCUUAACAAGUCUGGCUGUGGAUGCAAAGGACAUAAAACUCCUGAGAGAUGAAAGCAAAGGAUGUCGCAGACUUCCAGCUGUCAGCAAGUGAUGAGUAUUGGUUCCACAACACAGAUGCAUAAUGCAGGUUAGCCAAUUAGAAGUGGCUUCGCAACACAGAGCAGUGCUCUGCUUUCUUAGUAAUCAGCUAGAAAGCUUUUAUAACACCCUUGGUUAUCAGAUGUGAGAAAAAAAAACUGCUUAUGGAUGCUACGUCAUUGCAAAAGCAAAGUACCUCUCCUGUCAGAAAACACAGGAAAAGCUGCACAGGCAGAACCACGAUUUAUUCCCAGCUUCUGAAAACCCCCAAAGAUAUCAGAGAGGUCACACAGUGGCAGGUGGGCAAACUUACUCUCAGGCUUUACUCUGGUAUCGUUAAGAUGUCAGGAUUUGAGUGUCAUUGUAUAUUUAUUCCACUAAGUGCCUGUGUGUGUGAGGAAAUACAACUUGUUUAUGUAUCUUCAGCGCUGAAUGUUUCAGUGCAGUGUGCUUUCUCUUCACUCUCUUUGUACUGUACAAAUCCAGGACAAUGCCCAGUUCUUUUCACAAGGGUCCAUUCGUACUCAUUCUUGCAAAGAAAAUCACACAGCAAUGUACAAUAAAUGGGACAGUGAAAGGAAAAAGGAACAAGGAAAAGAAAGAAAGAAACUUUGGAAAAUAAAGAAUUAGAAAAGAAAAAAUUAGAAAAGAAACCAACUAACUAUGUGCAGUUAAUAAAUGUUUUGAUGUGGGAAAUGA